AUGCCAUCAUUUGCUCGAAUCCACAAGCGCCAUGCGUAUGGCAAAGAUGCCCAUACCUACUAUCCAGUUCUGAUUGUAGGGGCUGGCGAGUCGGGUGUGGCCAUGGGCUGUCGGCUCAAAGAGGUAUUGGGGACAGAUCAGUUCCGGAUCUUUGAGAGGCAGUCCGGUAUUGGAGGGACAUGGUGGAUUAAUCGGUACCCGGGAGCUGCCUGCGAUAUUCCGGCGGCUUUCUAUUCAUUCUCUUUUGCUCCAAAGAUGGACUGGUCUACUUUGCACCCAGCAGGUGCAGAACUUGCACAGUAUAUGGCCGAUGUCUGUGAGAAAUAUCAGAUCGUGGAUAAGAUCCAGUUUAAUACGGACGUCAAGGAGCUUCGGUGGAUCGAGGCGGACGAAGAAUGGGAGGUGACAAUCUCGCAUCUUGUGCCUGGGACUGGUGAUUUAGCUCAGCAUGAGCGAGACCGUCUAGUGUCUCAGGAUGGUGAGCACCGUGUCUACGUCAAGACAGAGAUCGUCCGAGCCAAGGUUGUUGUCAGCGGCGUUGGAGGCCUGGUGGAACCGAAGACUCUGCCGACAGAUAUUCCCGGCUUCGAGAAUUUCCAAGGUGAAAUUAUGCAUACAGCCCGAUGGAAUGACAAGAUCGAUUUCGAGAACAAAGACGUGAUCAUAUUUGGCGCAGGUUGUAGCGCCGCUCAGGUUGUUCCUGAGUUGGCCAAGCCAGAGGCAAAGAUUCGAUCUAUCACCCAGAUUAUGCGAACGCCGCCGUGGGUCCAACCGGAUCUACUGCCUGGAAAACAACUUGAAUUGUACGAGACAUGGUCACCGACACUGUCGACCUACGUUCCUGGUUUUGCGAGGUUCCUACGCUCCACGCUAUUCGUAAUGCUUGAGAAGAACUUCUACGACAUAUUUGGCGACACCGCAUAUACCCGCUUUAUGCGACCACGCAUGGAGAAGAAGUUCCUUGAUAAUAUGCGCACGCUCGCACCAAAGGAGUACCAUGAGAUCCUGACUCCAAACUACAGCCUCGGCUGUAAGAGACGUAUCAUCGACGGGACUUGGUACCGCAGUCUCAAUGCCCCGAAUGUGGAGUUGACCACCCAGCCUCUGACGCGAGUUCAUGCAAAGAGCGUAACCCUCGGUCCGGGUCACUAUUAUCCACCUAACCAAACUGACGCAGAUGAAGUGAGAGAAGUCCCCGCCGACGUUAUUAUUAUGGCAAACGGCUUCGAGACAAAUCAAUGGCUUCACCCGCUCAAGGUCAUCGGCAAAGACAACAAGAAUAUGGAGGAUGUUUGGGCUGAACGGGGAGGAGCACAGGCUUACCAGGGUAUCGCCAUGGAUAACUUCCCGAACUUCUUCAUGCUGUUUGGUCCGAAUACGGCUACGGGUCAUACCAGUGUAAUCUUCGCCACGGAGAAUGCGGUGAAUUACUCACUGCAGUUUAUCAAGCCCAUUCUCAGUGGUCGGGUUAGCUCGUAUGAGGUUAAAGAGAAGGCUGAGCGGGAGUGGACUCGCCGAGUGCAAGAUGAGUUACAGAAGAGUGUGUUUCGCCGUGGAGUCUGUUCCAGUUGGUAUAUCACGGCAGAUGGGUGGAACUCAAGCACGUAUCCGUUUACUCAAAUUCACUAUUGGCUGCGUUGUUCGUUCCCUGUGUGGUCGCAUUGGUCUGCUAAGCUCACGCGACGGGGUCGUGUGCUGCAGGGUGUCAAGAGGGCUGUGAAGGCUUCUAUACUUGUGGCUCUACUGGCAGGACUUAGAUUCUUGCACAAGAACCCAGAGCAAAGACUGCAUUUGUUACAGUCUUUGCUUGGUGGCAAGGAUUGGCUGCGUUCGACCGUCAUGGCUUCAGAGUCUCCCCAUAUGGAAAGGACGCCGCCGCAGACAGAUGCCGGGGAUCAGGCCAUUGCAACAUCUGAUUCUAACAAGCGGAAGGCGGAACAAGGCAACGGAACGCCGUUGCGCACAAAGCGGAAUCGCUACAUCUCUAUUGCAUGUAAUGAGUGCAAACGGCGCAAGAUUAAAUGCAAUGGUCAAGUUCCAUGUCAGCGAUGUGGUCAUUUGAAUCUGGAGUGUCGCUAUGCACCCAAUUGCUGCAAUAAUAACUUCAAAGACUCGGAUGAAUACCGGUCAUUGACAGAUCAUAUCACCAGCUUACAGGACCAGGUCAACAGCCUGUUCACGGAUAUCAACGAUAUCCGCACCCAAAGACCUACAUUCGAGACACCUUCCUUUGAUCCGCUAUCUAGGGAUGGAUCGCAACCCCUCUUCACACCCAUGCCACCUGGGCCGGCAAAGUCUCGAACCCGCCACCCACGCUUUCACGGCCCAACAAGUUCAGCAUUCAACUUUGAUGUGGCCAAAUCCAGCCUGCAGAAUAUGGGUAUAACCCCUGCAGAGGAUGGAAUUCCUGAUGACUUGACCACUGCGCAUGUCACCCCAGCGGGAUCGCCGCCUCAUUUAGGGCAGAUCCUCUCAACUAUACAUCCUUCCAAAGAUCCUCUUUGGACGAUCAGACGUGAGGAGGCAGUCCGCCUUUGUAAAGUCUACGAGGAAGAAAUUGGAAUUAUGUACCCUGUAGUGGAUAUUGCCACGGUGACCAGCCAAGCUAAUCUACUGUUCACAUUCAUCGAGGCUGCUACCCGAACGGGAUUUGCACAAAGGGGUCUUCCAGGCUCCGAUGGACUCCAGGAUGAAGCUACAGUUCUCUUGAAAUUGAUUCUUGCCACCACGCUGGUCGUGGAGGGAGGUGGUGAAAGUGAUCUUGGCCACAGGCUUUACCUGAAUGUGAAACCUGUCAUAGAACGCAAGAUGUGGGAGCCUCAUAGCAUCAAGACGAUUCAGUUGUUUGCCAUUGUGGCAACAUAUCAUUUCCAUACAGACGACGACGCCAUGGCCUAUCGAGUCAUCGGAUUGGCAGCGCGGAUGUGUCUAGAAAUGGGACUUCAUCGUCGGGAUGCUUUGGUCAAGUCCUUCCCCAAUGAAGACCACUGGAACGAGGUCACCCGAUUAUUCUGGUCGGUCUAUAGCUUGGAUCGACGAUGGAGUCUAGGGACAGGUCUGCCAUUUGUGAUCCAAGAUGAGGAUAUCGAUGCAAAUCUACCAGAACCGGACGCAUCACUACCCUACCUGCGUUGCAUGAUUCUCUACAACCGUAUCAGCUCCAAGAUCUGGUAUUCUGGUUUAGGGUCAGAGGGGGCGACUGACAUUCGACGGGACGAAAUUGGAUACCUGGAUUAUCAGAUUCUGCAAUGGUACAAGCAGAUUCCAGAAGAAUUAAAGUUUUAUCCUGUCGAGUCACCCAAGACCGGAGAAACCGCAAGCAGGGGCAUGAGACGCCUCAGGGUUCUCUUGUAUCUGCGAAUGAACCAGCUCCGAAUUUUGAUCUACCGCCCCGUCCUUCAUUCAUCUGCUAGCAUCGCAGAGGACCGGGGCCACGCCCAAACAGUGGUGGAUGUAGCAAAGGACACAGUCCGAGUGCUCACCCGCCUGAACCAAAUGUCCGACAUCUACCGCACCCAGCAGAUCACUUUCAACUACUUCCUCGUCGCUGCAUUGGCGGUGCUUUUCCUUGCAGUGUCCCAUGCACCGGCCGACUUCAACCGACAGGUCCGCGAUGAAUUCUACAUGGCUCUCGAUCUGAUCAAUGGGUUCAGUACCAAGUCCUUCGUUUCCAAGCGAUUAUGGAAGACAAUCAAGGGCCUCCGCAAAAUCGGAGAAAAGCUAGGCGUCCUAGCCCGACCUUUCGGGUCCGAUUCGAACGAUCCUCAUUCAAGUGCUGCCGUGGCUAUGGCCGGCCUUGCGGGACAUCCGAUUGAAGAUUUGUCUAUGUAUGGGCAGACGAAUCACGGAAAUGAACUCGGCAGUAGUCCUCUUAAUGGGCUCCAGAUGAGCCAUGAGUUGACCAAUCUGUUCGAGGCUGUCGGUGCUUUUGGAAACUUCAUCCCCGGCAGCACUGGUCCUGAUACUAUCGGCGGCUUUGUUGGAACCGACGGAGAGAUUCAAAAUACUGGUGAGGGUCUAUCGGGUGUGUUAGGAGAUGAGGGAGAGUUUGCCCGGGUCAUUCGUGAUCUAUUUUGA